CGAUAUAUUCUGCAAGCAAGAUAUUUUGUUUCGGAUCGCUCUAUGCUCUCCGGCCAUCUACGGUUAUCAAUUUUGGCUAACGCCUUAUGCCGUUAAACCGUUUGACUAAGUAACAUUUCUGAUCCAAGUGUCUCCUUAUCUACUAUAUUUAUAAGGCCAUUAUCAUUGCAAUGUCGAAUUUUAUUCGGAAAUACAUCUUGGGCGCACCAGAAGUGUCUGCUGCGGUGCCGCGCGAACCCUCAAUGCAUCCAGCUGCAAGGGCCUCUUCCGACAUCCGCACUGAAAGUCUCGAUAAUAGUAUCCCUUACUCCCCUUCCCCAGCUGAUGUUGGAGAAGUCCGCGCCUUGCUCAAAUCUACCCACCCUGCUCUGCCCACAGAGAUUGCAGACAUAAUCCUCAACUUUGCUGACUAUUCUGUGAAGGAUGUGGUUACAUUUAACCCCUCUGAUGUUUACAGGCUCUCUUCGCGUGGUCCAGGGGUGUAUGGGUUAAUUCUGAAAGGGCCACAGAUCAGAGAGUUGAAGCAGUAUGGAUUAGAGCUGCGGGAUCUGAGACUUAAAGCUGUGAGAUUUGAGAUUGCUAGCCAUGAUCAAGGAUGGGGCGGUGAACCGGGGACGCAAGGAACAUACAACUGCGCGUUCUCAUGGUUCGAAGUAACGAUACUUCGUCGCCUCGAUCAUUCCAGCGACCGGGUAGAGCCGACAUUAACCCUAGGACCCGACCAGAGGUAUGAAUCAUAUAUUGAUUACUCUAAUGCCUACCGAAGAUCCGGAUGGGAUUUCGCGACAGACGACAACGGGGAGAUGUUGAUAUGGCCUCUUCAAAAAAAUAAAGUUGCAAGAAGAGAAGCCCAGACUCGUGAAAUUGUAUGGAUGUUAGAUGAUGACAGUGAAGGGCAGCAACAAGCAGAGCCAGCAGAAGAUUCUGGUAGUGGGCCAGGGCGCGGCUUCGUUCGUACGCUUAGAUCUGGUGAUGUUAUUUGUCUUUGGGCUAGAGCCAUGUAUCCUGGAUGGGCAAACUUGGUGGAGAAAGCAAUGAUCGAGGUGGCCUACACGGAUUAAGCUGGAUUCUCAACAGUGUUUCUGUCAUUAUCGGUCGAUGGAACUCCAACCUUUCCGCACUGAUAGGGGAAGGGAAGGUGGUAUCUGGAUGGCAAGACGCGCAACAGUGUGUCCGGCGCGUUUUUUUUUUCUGAAUUUGCUCCUCGCAAUAUUAUGAUGUGACACACACCUUUUCACCUUUAGGUCCUUGAUAUGAAUUUGGUGGAAGAAAAUAAUGACCAUUAUGGCGUCUUAUACACUUUUCACUCGUCACGCUCGAUUCUUUGUACAGUACCUGAGUAGUUGCGAAGCGGAACUGGAUGAGUGGAGGGUCCGCAAAGAUUAUACGUAUUUAUCUCCGG